AGUCAUUCUAUUUCGUUCCUUGUUACACAAAGGACGUACUAAAAAAAAUAUUAGAUUUUUUAUCUGAUAAUAGUGUUUGUGUAUUUAAAGAUGGCGCCGACAUCUAUAGCUGCGGACAGGCUGCAGUCGGGACACCGGUUGUCGCAUCCUCUGCCCGGAGACGAGGUCCUCAUCACGGGAAUAUCGGGAUACUUUCCCGACUCGGACUCCGUCAUAGACCUGCAGGAAAACCUUUUCAAUAAGGUGGAUUUACUUACCAAUGAUGCUCGUCGUUGGAAGCUGGCUCACCCUGAGAUCCCACAGCGUACCGGCAAGAUCAACAACCUCAAUAAGUUUGAUGCGUCCUUCUUCGGUGUCCACUAUAAACAGGCCCAUACAAUGGACCCUAUGUGUAGGAUCCUGCUGGAGAAGGCUUAUGAAGCAGUUAUUGAUGCUGGUGUGAACCCUAAAACAUUGCGUGGCACAAAGACCGGUGUGUUUAUUGGAGCUUGCUUCUCAGAAUCAGAAAAUCAGUGGUUCUACGAGAAGGCGCAGGUCAACGAUUUCGGAAUUACUGGAUGUUCCCGAGCCAUGUUGGCCAACCGUAUCUCCUACUGGUUGGGAGUGACUGGUCCCUCAUACACCAUAGACACUGCCUGCUCAAGUUCCCUUUACGCUCUGGUGCAUGCAUACAGAGCUAUUCGAGAUGGUCACUGUGAUGCUGCUAUCGUCGGAGGAAGCAACUUGUGUCUUCAUCCUUAUGUGUCAUUACAAUUCAACAGCAGCCCGUAUCCGUUCACUUCAGGACAUAGACCUCUCCAAUGGCACGCCACUGAGCUUGGUCUCCAGCUCUUCUUAUGCAACCACUGCAAGCCACCUCGCGGAUGUCGUCACUCCACCUAGCUGGAGGGGUUAUAUUUUUUAUGCAGUUGUGAGAUGUUCCCAAAUUAUUAAUCAAAAUAAGUGAUAAGUACGUAUGAAAAUAUGGUGGUUAAUUACUUUUAAAUGUGAUUAAAAAUAUCCGAGAAUUAUUUGUACAAAUUGUGUCUAUUGUAUUUUAAAAAUUAAGUGUCAGUGUUACGUCACAAUCGGUAGUCAGAGGUGGGGUGGAGUGACGAGGUUGUUUACAACUUGAUAUAAAAGAGGCGGAGCGGCCGGUGCAGGACACUUGCUCCUGAGACGCGAACAGUGUCGUUACUCUGCCCCCUGUCAGUUAGAUCUGAGUCUGAGUACCUACAUAUUAUUAUAUUCAGAUAAGUAUUUUCUUUGUUUGUUAAUCUUUUGUGUAACCCAUAAAAUAAUUGUGUACUUGAAUAUUUUAAUGUGAAUUAUGUAAUAAAUAGUACUGUGCUUUACUUA